AAGAACCAGGCCGUCAUGAACCCCAUUAAUACUGUUUUUGAUGCAAAGCGUUUGAUUGGUAGGAGAUUUAGUGAUUCAUGUGUUAGAAGUGACAUGAAGUUAUGGCCUUUCAAGGUGAUUUCUGGCGAUAAUAACAAACCGAUGAUUGUAGUCAAGUAUAAGAAUGAAACAAAACAAUUAGCUCCGGAAGAGAUAUCAUCAAUGGUUCUCUAUAAGAUGCGUGAAAUAGCAGAGGCCUAUCUUGGAUCGGUAGUAAAGACUGCAGUUGUAACUGUCCCAGCAUAUUUUAAUGACUCUCAACGACUGGCCACAAAGGACGCUGGUUUAAUUGCCGGAAUGAACGUUAUGCGUAUCAUCAAUGAGCCAACAGCUGCGGCAAUUGCUUAUGGUCUUGACAAAAAAGUCAGUAGCACUGGUGGGAAGAAUGUUCUCAUAUUCGAUCUUGGUGGUGGUACCUUUGAUGUCUCCAUUCUUAAAAUUGAAGAUGAGAUUUUUGAAGUGAAAGCUACGACUGGAGAUACUCAUCUUGGAGGUGAAGAUUUUGACAAUAGAAUGGUGAACCAUUUUGUACAAGAGUUCGAGAAGAAACACAAGAAGGACAUUAGCAAAAACCCUAAAGCAUUGAGGAGAUUGAGAACAUCUUGUGAGAGAGCGAAAAGGACUCUUUCUUCAACUACUGAAACCACUAUUGAAAUUGAUUCUAUAUUUGAGGGUAAAGACUUUUUCUCCAAAAUAACGAGAGCAAAAUUUGAGGAGCUCAAUAUGGAUCUCUUUUUAAAAUGUAUGGAGUCUGUGGAGAAUUGUAUGAGGGAUGCUGAAAUAGACAAUAGCAUCAUUCAUGAUAUUGUUCUUGUCGGUGGAUCUACUAGAAUUCCCAAGCUACAACAGCUAUUGCAGGAUUUUUUUAAUGGUAAGGAGCUUUGCAAAAAUAUCAAUCCAGAUGAAGCAGUUGCAUAUGGCGCUGCCGUACAGGCUGCAGUUUUGAGCGGUGGCGUUGAGAAGGUUCAGGAUUUACUCUUGCUGGAUGUGACUCCACUUUCCCUUGGUGUGCGGCGUUAUACAGGGAAAACAACUGUUAUGAUCCCAAGAAACACUACUAUUCCCACCAAGAAAGAAAGAGUUUUCACAACCAUCAUGCAAAACCAAUCUGGUAUAAUUAUAGAUGUUGUUGAGGGUGAAAGAAUAAUGGCCCGAGAUAACAAAUUGUUGGGUGGAAUGGUACUCUCCGGCUUACCUCCUAGUCCAAAAGGUGUACCUUCGAUCAGUGUUUGCUACGAGAUAGAUGCGAAUGGAAUUUUGGUUAUCUCUGCAGAGGAGAUAUUAUUAACAGGAAGGAAGAAAAAGAUCACAAUCAAUGAUUACAAAAAUAGGUUACAUAGUUGGGAAAUAGAAAAGAUGGUAAAGGAGGCAGAGAAGUACAAGGCAGAGGAUGAGGAGAAUAAAAAGAAAGAAGAGGCUAAGGUUUUAUUUGAAUUAUAUGCAUAUGGCUUGAGGGAUAGCGUUAAUGAUCUUGCCCUUAAUGAGGCAAACAAGAAGACAAUUGUUGAUGCAGUUAAAAAGGCUUUGCUGUGGCUUAAUGCGAACCAACUUGUGGAAUGCAGUAAAUACGACGAUGAAAGGGCAAAGCUUGAGAGUCUCUGCAAUCCCAUCAUUGCAAAAGCCAAGAUGCGUCAGAAUGCUGGUAGCAAAAGUCAAGCUUGUAGCAAAGUGGGUCGAUGAUCGAUAGUCCUGCUUAAGCUGGUGUUAGUCUUCGUUUGCUUUCCUGUGGAAUGUGGAUUCAUAGGUUUAUUAUUUGUAUGGAUUGCUUCUAUGAGCAUCUUAAUUUUAUGAUAGCUAGAUAGAACCAACAUUACAUGCAUUAACAUUUUGUUAACGUUUCUUUGGAAAUUGAAACACAGGCAGAUACUGAAUUACAAGCAUGGCAUAUAUUGUAAGCAUUAA